CUUGUUCAGAUAAGGAUUCAAGCUUUGACACUGAAAACCACAGACGAAUUGGAGCCUGGCAUUGAAAGGAGGUGUUCUACAACAAUUUUUUUUUGCUUGUCUAAAGAAGUUUACUUCUACAAGAGGGAAUUUGAAAAAUGACAGGGGCAAAGAGGAAAAAGAAAGGCAUGCUGUGGAGCAAGAUGCAUACCCCCCAUUGUGAAGACUUUAAACAGUGGUGUAGAAGGCGUCUACCUAUUCUGGAAUGGGCACCACAUUACAAUCUGAAAGAAAACUUGCUUCCAGACACCAUGUCUGGGAUAAUGUUGGCAGUUCAACAGGUGACACAAGGGUUGGCCUUCGCGAUUCUCUCAUCUGUGCACCCAGUGUUUGGUUUAUAUGGGUCUCUGUUUCCAGCCAUCAUUUAUGCCAUAUUUGGAAUGGGACGUCAUGUUGCCACAGGCACCUUCGCUUUGACAUCCUUAAUAUCAGCCAACGCAGUGGAACGGCUGGUCCCUCUGAGCAGCCAGAACCUCACCACACAGAGUAACACAAGCACACUGGGUUUAUCGGACUUCGAGCUGCAAAGGAUUGGUGUAGCUGCAGCUGUUUCCUUCUUGGGAGGUGUGAUUCAGGUGGCCAUGUUUGCACUGCAGCUGGGCAGGGCCACAUUCCUGCUUACGGAGCCCGUGAUCAGUGCAAUGACAACCGGGGCGGCCACCCACGUCGUGACUUCACAAGUCAAGUAUCUCCUGGGAAUGAAAAUGCCAUAUAUAUCUGGACCGCUUGGAUUCUUUUACAUCUACGCCUAUGUCUUUGAAAACAUCAAAUCUGUCCGACUGGAAGCACUGCUGUUAUCCUUGCUGAGCAUCGUGGUGCUAGUUCUGGUUAAAGAGCUGAAUGAACAGUUUAAAAGGAAAAUUAAAGUUGUUCUUCCUGUCGAUUUAGUUUUGAUUAUUGCUGCAUCAUUUGCUUGUUAUUGUACCAAUAUGGAAAUCACAUAUGGAUUAGAAGUAGUUGGUCAUAUUCCAGAAGGAAUCCCUCCACCUAGAGCUCCCCCGAUGAAUGUCCUCUCUGCAAUAAUCACUGAAGCUUUUGGAGUGGCACUCGUCGGCUAUGUGGCCUCCCUGGCUCUGGCUCAAGGAUCUGCCAAAAAAUACAAAUAUUCAGUUGAUGACAACCAGGAAUUUUUGGCCCAUGGCCUCAGCAAUGUGAUCCCUUCAUUUUUCUUCUGCAUACCAAGUGCUGCCGCCAUGGGAAGGACUGCUGGUCUGUACAGCACAGGGGCGAAGACACAGGUGGCUUGUUUAAUAUCUUGCAUUCUUAUCCUGAUAGUCAUCUAUUCAGUAGGACCUUUGCUUUCCUGGCUGCCCAUGUGUGUUCUUGCAAGUAUUAUUGUCGUGGGACUGAAGGGAAUGCUAAUACAGUUUCGGGACUUAAAAAAAUAUUGGAAUGUGGAUAAAAUCGAUUGGGGCAUCUGGGUCAGUACAUAUAUAUUUACGAUAUGCUUUGCUGCCAACGUGGGGUUGCUGUUCGGUGUGGUCUGUACCUUAGCUAUCGUAAUCGGUCGCUUCCCGAGGGCAAAGACUCUGAGUAUAAAAAACAUGAAAGAAAUGGAAUUGAAAGUGAAGACAGAAACGGAUGGCGAAACCCUGCAGCAGGUGAAAAUUAUCUCAAUAAAUAACCCACUUGUUUUCCUGAAUGCAAAGAAGUUUCAUACUGAUCUAAUGAACAUAAUCCAAAAAGAAAAUGUGAGCAACCAGCUACUGGAUGAUAUCAGCAAGUGUGAACAAAACACGUUGCUGAAUUCUCUAUCCAAUGGCAACUGCAAUGAGGAAGUGUCACAGCCAUGCCCAAAUGAGAAGAGCUUUUUAAUCCUGGAUUGCAGUGGAGUGACUUUUUUUGACUAUUCUGGAGUCUCCAUGCUUGUUGAGGUUUACAAUGACUGUAAGAGCAGGAGUGUGGAUGUAUCAUUAGCACAUUGCACAGCUUCCUUGAUAAAAGCAAUGAAGUACUGUGGAAACCCAGACUCAGAGAAACCAGUUUCUUUUGACUCAGUAUCUGCUGCACUAAGUAACAUCUAUUCAAGUAAGAAUUUGAGCAAACUCAGUGAUCACAGUGAAGUCUGA